GGGCCGCCCGCGGGCUCGGCGCGGGGCGAGGGAGGACGAGGAGGAGGCGGCAGUCAGCGGGAGCGGUGAAGAGGAGAAGGAGGAGGAAGAGGAGGAGGAGGAGGGAUGCCCACUCCUCUGCUUGCUCUCCGCCGCCUCCGCGUCUUCAUGAAUUAACGCUGCGCGGUGGGGGCGGGGGACAGGACCGAGUGUCCCGGCGGCACCGGCGACCCAGGCAUGGCCAGCUCGUGCGCCGUCCAGGUGAAGCUGGAGCUGGGACACCGAGCCCAGGUCAGGAGGAAACCCACCGUGGAGGGCUUCACCCACGACUGGAUGGUGUUCGUCAGGGGGCCGGAGCACAGCAACAUUCAGCACUUUGUGGAGAAAGUCGUCUUUCACCUGCACGAGAGCUUCCCCAGGCCGAAAAGAGUGUGCAAAGAUCCACCCUACAAAGUCGAAGAAUCUGGGUAUGCUGGUUUCAUUUUACCAAUUGAAGUUUACUUCAAAAACAAGGAAGAACCUAAGAAAGUUCGAUUUGACUAUGACUUAUUCCUGCACCUUGAAGGCCACCCACCUGUAAAUCACCUCCGCUGUGAAAAGCUUACAUUCAACAACCCGACAGAGGAGUUCAGAAGAAAGCUGCUAAAGGCAGGAGGGGUGAGUCCUGCACCCAUGUCAAAAGCCAUCACAGUAAAGAUGUUGCUGCUUAUUGCUAGUGCAUGGGAAUGGGCUCCAGCCCCACAGUCUCAGUGGCCUCCUGCCACCUCCCACUAUUUUAUUGGUGGUGUUCCUGUGUUGCAAACUCAAACUGAGUGCAGUAUCCAGAUGCAAUCUGACAAGCACCAAACAAAGAUCAUGGUAAUGUCAGAUGGCACAUCGUUCUCUUCAGGACAGAGCCUUCAUCUCCCCAACCUUCCCUGUAGCUCCCUGUCUUUUUCUGAAGUGAAGAAGAAAUCAUCUCAUGGGCCAAAGGACCCAACUAGGAUUCUGAACAUAAAUAGCAGCAGUAGUAGCAACAGUUUUUCAAAGAUCCACAAGUUAACAAAGGAGCAUAAGGAAAAAACUUCUAAAGACUCAAAAGAACAUAAAAGUGCCUUCAAAGAACCUUCCAGGGAACACAACAAAUCUUCCAAAGAAUCCUCUAAGAAACCCAAAGAAAACAAACCACUAAAAGAUGAAAAAAUAGUUCCUAAAAUGGCCUUCAAGGAACCCAAACCUAUGUCCAAGGAGCCAAAAUCUGAAAACACACCCAUCCUUACCAUAACAGCUGGGCAGCAAGAAAAGAAGAACCCCAUGAAAAGGCCCUCUGUCCUGGACUCUGAUGAACCUUCUGCAAAAAAAAGAAAAAAAAGUGGCUCGGAUUCAUUAUUUAAAAGUUUUUCUAGUGCCCCACCACUGAUUCUUACUUGUUCAGCUGACAAAAAGCAGACAAAGGAUAGAUCUCAGCUCAAGGUGGGGAGAGUCAAAAUUGAAAGCAAUGCACUGGAAAGGAAGACACCCACUCUGCCACCAUUUGAUGAUAUUGUAGAUCCCAAUGAUUCUGACGCGGAGGAAAACAUGUCCUCUAAAUCUGAAUCUGAACAGCCCAGUCCUGCCAGUUCCAGCUCCAGUUCCAGUUCCAGUUUUACACCAUCUCAAAACAGCAGACAACAAGGUCCAUUGAGAUCAAUAAUGAAAGAUCUGCAUUCAGAUGAUAAUGAAGAUGAAUCUGAUGAAGCAGAUGAGAAUGACAAUGAUUCCGAGUUGGAACGGCCUGUAAAUACAAGAGGAGGAAGCAGGAGUCACAGGGUUAGUCUGAGUGAUGGCAGUGACAGUGACAGUAGUUCAGCUUCCUCACCACUACAUCAUGAAUCAGCACCACCUUUACUGAAAACCAACAACAACCAGAUUUUAGAAGUGAAAAGUCCAAUAAAGCAGAACAAGUCUGAUAAACCAAUAAAGAAUGGGGAUUGUGAUAAGGCAUACCUCGAUGAACUAGUAGAACUCCACAGAAGAUUGAUGACAUUGAGAGAGAGACAUGUACUGCAGCAGAUAGUAAAUCUUAUAGAAGAAACUGGACACUUUCAUAUCACAAAUACAACCUUUGACUUUGAUCUUUGUUCACUGGACAAAACAACAGUCCGUAAACUACAGAGUUAUCUGGAAAAUUCUGGAACCUCUUGAGGAUUCAGCUUCUGGCUGUGUCAAAAACUGUUCAUUAAAUGAAACAUUGAAAACGAUGGGGGAUAAAACAAAACAACCUUGUUCAGCUUUAUUUUUCCUUAAACCCAGUCAUUAUCUCUUGAAAAGGGAGAGGAGAAGUGACAAGACUCAGAGAACCACUCUUCUCAAAAACAAAAUGCUCUGGAAAAGUUUGCCUGGAUAGUCUUGAAAAACAAACAUGCAAAACCAAACAAAAAUACUUGGUCUUAAUGAAUGUGUAUGGUAUCGUGUAUCUCUCUAUGUGGUGUUCCAAUCCACAAGAUGAAUGCAUGUUCAACACACUGCCUUAUUACAUAACUGAUCUAUUUAUUAUUGCGUACAUGUAUUCUAAAGUCAAUGAGUCAUUGAGUGGCACUACCAGAUGUUGCAAGUAGUGGGAUUCUAUGCGUGUUCUUUUGAUGCAUAACUAUGGCAAGCCUAGUAGCUUUAUUCAUGUUAAAAUGCCACUUCUUGCUAUCUUUCUCUAGUCACUUAAAACACUACCAUCUUGUUUCCACUUCUGCAGUUCCAAGAAACAAGAUACAAAGUUGGGGGCCAAACAGUGGUCAUAUAUUUUAUUUCCUGCCUGCUACAGGGGGUUGGACCACAGCAGGUUGGACCACAGGUCCUUGAAUCUAUCCAUUUAUUGGUCUUGACCAUGGUAGAAAAUGCACCGAAUAGGGUCAUUUGACUUGCUGUCUAGCCUUAGUGAGUAAACCAGUAGGACUUCUAACAAAAAAUGUUACAUAUGCUGUCCCAAAUCCAGCAUCUUUUGCAGUCUACAUUCUUGUGUCUGUUCUAGUGUUAUACAAUUAAAUAUAUAUAUGAGUGAAGGUGUUCUGCAGGAUCGUCAUAAAAGAAGAAAUACUGGUCCUGUCUUCUAAGGAAAUGUAGAAAAUUCAUAAUUUGGAACUAUUUAUUACUAUGAGUUUCAGCACUCCUUUGCUACCAGUGUGUGACUCACUUCUAUCAUAGAACUAUUUGCAUAAUGUUUGGUUUGUUCAUAUAGCAUGUGGUCCGCUUAGUUUGUUUUGGGGGUUUUGUUUCUGAUUUUAUUGGGUUUUUUUAAUAACUACUUAAUUAAAACCCUUUGAAAACAAAUGCUGUUCUACAGUUACAUGUUGGAGUAAAUACCAUUAUGAUGUAUCAUUUGUAUGUGUGAAUACACAUGUACACCAGUUGUGUGUAUGUGUAUACACACACAUAUGUUUUUAUCCUUUCCAGGUUUUGGUAUAAGUUCAGUAACCUGCUUGUAUUUCUAGAAGGAUUUGUUUUCUAUAAAAUUCAGUAUUCUUUCAUAACAUACAUUAUUCCUUAAAAGCAGGAUCCUUGUUUAUGCAUGAUCAAAUGAGAGGAUAUGUACUCAGUUUCACGUCAAAGCUUCAUGCUCUCAUAUUGCUGAUGAUUUCUUGAUAAAAUCAUCAUCCUUCUGUUCAAAAUCAAAUUCCCCAAUUAAUAUAAAAGAGAAUUUUAGAAGUACUUCUGGAUUCAAAGAUUUAUUAAGGUCUCCCAGCCUUAAAAAAGGUAUCUUGUUUCUGAACAGGCCAGUAUGUUAUGUGUAUGCUUAUCUGCCACUUGUAGUCUGUAUGUGUAGAGCUGAACACUACUGUCAAUAUGACUUACUGUUUCAUGCGCCAAGUUUGUGCAGCACUGUAAAACUAAAUUCCUAUUGGGGUUAUUUCUUAUUCAGAUUGUAAAUCUUAAUGCUGUUUCUUUAAGUCCAAAGAAUAUGUUACGCUUUACUCUUCUUGAGAGGGUGGGAUACAGAUUGGGUUAGUGGGCUUUUUUCUUAUUUAAAAUGUUGUUUGACCACACUCUGUAGGGAUUCCUUCUCAGGCUUCCCAAGAAUAAGUGUACCUUUUCAGUAAUGUUAUGACUCUUACGACGAUUGGCAUGAAGCAUACUUGAAGCGCUGUUGUUCUUUUAAGUCUAUGUCUUAAUGUGCAAUUGGAGAGAGGGGAGAAGAGUAGGAGUGUAAUUUUAAAGUUACUUUUGUCAUAAGGGAGGUGAAGGCGGGGAGGGUGAAGGGGUGCAUGUGAAGGGGAUACACUUCGAUUUUUAUUGAUUAUUUUGUAUGAAAAUGUUUGGAAAUCUAAAAGCAAUCUUAAAAACUUUUGAUCUGCUAGUGUGUCUUCAACUUCCUAUCUUUUACUUACACCAGAUACAUAUUGAAUUUUGUCCAUUUUAACUUUUCUAAAUUUUGUGGUAAAACCCCAUUGAGUUUCAGGAGGGGAUGAAUCCCAUGAUACUUCUAGUAUGACUAUUGCACUGUUUUUUCAGAAAUGGUGAAAUUAAUCGUGUUAUCCUUAAAAUACCAGAUAAGCGUUAUUAUAUGAUGAGAACGGGGUGGAAGAAAAGAGCAAAUAGGACAAUAGGCAUAAAAGGGAUGUGACAGCAAGUACAGUAUCAAAUUAGUGCUGAAUUUCAUACAAAUCAUGGGUCAUCCUUAAACUCUUGAAUUUUUUAAUUCAAUGGGAGAAGGGAGAAAAUAGACUGCAGUUGCUUGCGCUUGUUGACUUUUUCAAAAAAUUCUGAUAGAAUGAGUUAUUGUUGAUUUAAAUAAAAAAAUAGCCAUUUUCAUUUAAUUUUGUAUGCAGAAACAAAAUAAAUCCUUGUUUUCUUUAUUUCAGACAUUCAUAUUUCUCUUAAAGAAAAUGUAAUGAUACCCUUCCAAGUCUUUAACAUGUGUGAGCAAUGAUCUUUGGGAUGGGUUAAGGUGUGUUGGCAAUAAAUAUUUUUGGCCUUUACAUGACGCUGUUCCAUGUGAGAA